CCUUCACAACAGUCCGACUGGAAACAAAAGCUUGAUCAAUGGCAGGUACCCCAUUGGCUGCAUGUAGCGUUUUUCUAAAUAAUAAGACAUGUAAAGUAAAUCCAAAGCAUUUAUUCAGCUGCUCAUAAAUGGAUGGCGUACCUUGUCUUCGUGUGGCUUGUUGUCAGGCACAGCAGUUCAGGAUGUAUCUCCAGUCCAGGGGGAUGUUGGACCAGAGUUUUAGCUUGGUUAAACAACCAGACGGGACCGUUCUCCUUCCUGUUUCACCAUCCUGCGCCUCACAGCUGGAUCUGCAGUCUCUCAGAAACACUUUGACUCCAGUUGUUUGUGACUUCACCUGGAGUCAGUCUCCACAGUCAAAAAAGGAGAAGGGGAGAAAACCUGGAAAUAAACUGGAGAGAACGAUCCAGGAGUUGUUAGAGUAUCGGGGUGAAAGAUGGAUGGAGGAGAUGAGGAGCGAUCUUCCUCGGAGCUUCCAGAGGCAUGGAGACCUCGUUCUGCUGGGCGACAGCUGCUUUACUCUGCCGAUAUGGGAUAAAAUAGGCGAUCAGUUAUGGAGUGCAGUCACCAAAGAGCUGAGGGUGAAGCGGCUUGCAAAGAUGAGUCGGAUAUCCAGGGAUGAUAGAUUCAGGUCUCCUGUGGUAACGAUGCUGCUGGGCGACAACAGCUGGGUCAAACAUGUGGACAAUGGCAUCAGUUAUGAGUUUGAUGUCACCAGAUGCAUGUUCUCAGCCGGGAACAUCUCAGAGAAACUCCGUGUGGCCGGAUUUGACUGCAGUGGAGAGACUGUGGUCGACUUAUAUGCAGGUAUUGGAUACUUCACUCUGCCAUAUUUGGUCCAUGCGAAGGCCAGCCAUGUUCACGCCUGUGAGUGGAACCCUGACGCCGUUGCUGCUUUACAGAAAAACCUGGAAGUAAAUGGGGUGUCAGAGCGCUGCACCAUCCAUCAAGGAGACAGCCGUCAAGUACAGCUGUGUAAUAUCGCCGACCGGGUGAACCUGGGUCUCAUCCCGAGCUCUGAGGAGGGCUGGCCCGUUGCGUGUCGGCUGCUGAAGAAGACGACCGGCGGCGUUUUGCACAUUCAUCAGAACGUCACCUCUCCUUUACCGAACGCUGCUGCUGGCGACGCCGCUCCUCAAAAUGUUUCUGCAAAGAACGCUGACAGAGAGGUGUGGCGGGCCUGGGCCAGUGACACCGCAAACCGAAUAACUUCUCUGUUCAUGGACCUCACUGGUGCAUCAUGGGAAAUAAAUAUCCAGCACAUAGAGCAUGUGAAGUCUUAUGCGCCUCAUGUGCACCAUGUUGUGCUGGACUUGGGCUGCAGACCGUCCUGAAUUAGCACCGAAAAACUGCUGCUUUUAUUCCCAGGAGUAAAUAACAGAAGGCUGCAGGGUCGAGAACACUUUUAUUUAACCCCGUCAGACCUGGUUUAUUUUUUUCUGGUGAGCUAAAAACAUUUUACCCAACUGGUUUUUGUUCAUCUUACACUGCAAAAACACGAAAUCUUACCAAGAAAUGUUGGUCUAGUUUCUAGGUCAAAUAUCUUAGUUCACUUGAAAUGAAAUCUUUAUUUAUUUUGAAAGAGUAAAAUGUAAAAACUAAGAAGAAAACAAACGAAAAUCCUAAUAAUAAUCAAACUUAAAAUUUGAAAAUACAAUACAAAACUAUCAUAUCCAGUUUGGUAAGGAGUAUUAAACUUUUGCCCCAAUUGUCUCAACCAACUAUAUCUCACAUUAUACAUAUUUACACAUCUAAUUAAAUAAGACAAAAUAACUUACAAGUGACUUUUCAGCAAGAUACAGGGGCUUAGAUCAAUAAUUCACUAAUAUUGAUGGAAAAAAUACGAGUCUCAUUGGCAGAUUAUGUCACUUAUGAUAUUUUUCCCCAGUUAUAAGUGAAAUAGUAGAACUAGAACUUUUUCAUCAAUUGUAAGGAAUUACUUAC